GCGCUCAGGCGCCUGCGCUUUAGCUGCUAACUCGCUCUAGUAGCUGUGGUCGAGGCUCGGGACCGGCUGCCAUCUUAGUCUAGGGACUGAGGAGUCGCCGCCGCCCCGAGUCCCGGUACCAUGCAUUUCACAGUGGCCUUGUGGAGACAACGCCCUAACCCAAGGAAGUGACUCAAACUGUGAGAACUUCAGGUUUUCCAACCUAUUGGUGGUAUGUCUGACAGUGGAUCACAACUUGGUUCAAUGGGUAGCCUCACCAUGAAAUCACAGCUUCAGAUCACUGUCAUCUCAGCAAAACUUAAGGAAAAUAAGAAGAAUUGGUUUGGACCAAGUCCUUACGUAGAGGUCACAGUAGAUGGACAGUCAAAGAAGACAGAAAAAUGCAACAACACAAACAGUCCCAAGUGGAAGCAACCCCUUACAGUUAUCGUUACCCCUGUGAGUAAAUUACAUUUUCGUGUGUGGAGUCACCAGACACUGAAAUCUGAUGUUUUGUUGGGAACUGCUGCAUUAGAUAUUUAUGAAACAUUAAAGUCAAACAAUAUGAAACUUGAGGAAGUAGUUGUGACUUUGCAGCUUGGAGGUGACAAAGAGCCAACAGAGACAAUAGGAGACUUGUCAAUUUGUCUUGAUGGGCUACAGUUAGAGUCUGAAGUUGUUACUAAUGGUGAAACUACAUGUUCAGAAAGUGCUUCUCAGAAUGAUGAUGGUUCCAGAUCCAAGGAUGAAACAAGAGUGAGCACAAAUGAAUCAGAUGACCCCGAAGAUGCAGGAGCUGGUGAAAAUAGGAGAGUCAGUGGGAGUAAUUCUCCAUCGCUCUCAAAUGGUGGUUUUAAACCUUCUAGACCUCCAAGACCUUCACGACCACCACCACCCACCCCACGUAGACCAGCAUCUGUCAAUGGUUCACCAUCUGCCACUUCUGAAAGUGAUGGGUCUAGUACAGGCUCUCUGCCGCCGACAAAUACAAAUACAAAUACAAAUACAUCUGAAGGAGCAACAUCUGGAUUAAUAAUUCCUCUUACUAUAACUGGAGGCUCAGGCCCUAGGCCAUUAAAUCCUGUAACUCAAGCUCCCUUGCCACCUGGUUGGGAGCAGAGAGUGGACCAGCAUGGGCGAGUUUACUAUGUAGAUCAUGUUGAGAAAAGAACAACAUGGGAUAGACCAGAACCUCUACCUCCUGGCUGGGAACGGCGGGUUGACAACAUGGGACGUAUUUAUUAUGUUGACCAUUUCACAAGAACAACAACGUGGCAGAGGCCAACACUGGAAUCCGUCCGCAACUAUGAACAAUGGCAGCUACAGCGUAGUCAGCUUCAAGGAGCAAUGCAGCAGUUUAACCAGAGAUUCAUUUAUGGGAAUCAAGAUUUAUUUGCUACAUCACAAAGUAAAGAAUUUGAUCCUCUUGGUCCAUUGCCACCCGGAUGGGAGAAGAGAACAGACAGCAAUGGCAGAGUAUAUUUCGUCAACCACAACACACGAAUUACACAAUGGGAAGACCCCAGAAGUCAAGGUCAAUUAAAUGAAAAGCCCUUACCUGAAGGUUGGGAAAUGAGAUUCACAGUGGAUGGAAUUCCGUAUUUUGUGGACCACAAUAGAAGAACUACCACCUAUAUAGAUCCCCGCACAGGAAAAUCUGCCCUAGACAAUGGACCUCAGAUAGCCUAUGUUCGGGACUUCAAAGCAAAGGUUCAGUAUUUCCGGUUCUGGUGUCAGCAACUGGCCAUGCCACAGCACAUAAAGAUUACAGUGACAAGAAAAACAUUGUUUGAGGAUUCCUUUCAACAGAUAAUGAGCUUCAGUCCCCAAGAUCUGCGAAGACGUUUGUGGGUGAUUUUUCCAGGAGAAGAAGGUUUAGAUUAUGGAGGUGUAGCAAGAGAAUGGUUCUUUCUUUUGUCACAUGAAGUGUUGAACCCAAUGUAUUGCCUGUUUGAAUAUGCAGGGAAGGAUAACUACCGCUUGCAGAUAAACCCCGCUUCUUACAUCAAUCCAGAUCACCUGAAAUAUUUUCGUUUUAUUGGCAGAUUUAUUGCCAUGGCUCUGUUCCAUGGGAAAUUCAUAGACACAGGUUUUUCUUUACCAUUCUAUAAGUGUAUCUUGAACAAACCAGUUGGACUCAAGGAUUUAGAAUCUAUUGAUCCAGAAUUUUACAAUUCUCUCAUCUGGGUUAAGGAAAACAAUAUUGAGGAAUGUGGUUUGGAAAUGUACUUCUCCGUUGACAAAGAAAUUCUAGGUGAAAUUAAGAGUCAUGAUCUGAAACCUAAUGGUGGCAAUAUUCUUGUAACAGAAGAAAAUAAAGAGGAGUACAUCAGAAUGUUAGCUGAGUGGAGGAUGUCUCGAGGUGUUGAAGAACAGACACAAGCUUUCUUUGAGGGCUUUAAUGAAAUUCUUCCCCAGCAAUAUUUGCAGUACUUUGAUGCAAAGGAAUUAGAGGUCCUUUUAUGUGGAAUGCAAGAGAUUGAUUUGAAUGACUGGCAAAGACAUGCCAUCUACCGUCAUUAUACGAGGACCAGCAAACAAAUCACGUGGUUUUGGCAGUUUGUUAAAGAAAUUGAUAAUGAGAAGAGAAUGAGACUUCUACAGUUUGUUACUGGAACCUGCCGAUUGCCAGUAGGAGGAUUUGCUGACCUCAUGGGGAGCAAUGGACCACAGAAAUUCUGCAUUGAAAAAGUUGGGAAAGAAAAUUGGCUACCCAGAAGUCAUACCUGUUUUAAUCGCCUGGACCUGCCACCAUACAAGAGCUAUGAGCAACUGAAGGAGAAGCUGUUGUUUGCCAUAGAAGAAACAGAAGGAUUUGGACAAGAGUAACUUCUGAGAACUUGCACCAUGAAUGGGCAAGAACUUAUUUGCAAUGUUUGUCCUUCUCUGCCUGUUGCACAUCUUGUAAAAUUGGACUAUGGCUCUUUAGAGAGUUAUCUGAGUGUAAGUAAAUUAAUGUUCUCAUUUAGGUUUAUCUCCCAGUGAUUUCUACUCAGCGUUUCCGGAAAUCAGGUCUGCAAAUGACUAGUCAGAACCUUGCUUAACAUGAGAUUCUAACACAACGAUGAAAUUUGCCUUGUCUUAUUCCACUAGUUUGUUCCUUUAACAACAAUUUUGUAUAUGUGUCAAAAGUCUCACUUGGGAGUAGUUUUUUUUUCUUUUAGAGAUUCUGCAGAUAUGCAGGGAAGUCCUUUGGUAACUGCAAUAUACAAGAUCUUCCUAUUAAGCCUCUUGGUAAGAAGCAUUUGUUAAAAGUGCAAGCUUAGCCCUGCUUCUGGGGAUGUGAGCAAAAUUUUGGCUUGUGUUCUCCCUCUCAUUUUAGUCUGACUUGACUGUUGUUUUUCCUUUCUGGAGCAUGAAUCCAUACAUCAUUCCUGGAAGUGAUGCAAGACUCUUGCAUCUCUACGAAGUAGUUUUGUCAAUUUGAAUUCAGGGAAAAGUUAGUCACAGCCUGCAAAUGACUUCAUUUGGAAGUUUGAUUAUUUCAGUUGCCUGGCAAAUACUACACUUUACAAACAAUGUUAACACUGUGAUUCCUUCAUUGUUUUAAGAAGUUAACCUAGCGUCGGGCAUGGUGGCUCGUACCUGUAAUCCUAGCACUCUGGGAGGCCGAGGCAGGAGGAUCCCUUUAGCCCAGGAGUUCAAGACCAGCCUGGGCAACAUAGGGAGACCCUGUCUUUUUCGAGGGGGGGGCGGAUAAAUAAAUAAAAGGAAAAAAAACUUAGCCUAGAAUUAGAAUUAAUUUAAUUUAAUUCAUCUAAAGAUGUCACUGGUGAUUUUUAUAUGUUCCUCUAUAUAAUUGAUGCUUUAUAAUUUUAUCAUAAUCCAACAACUUCAGUUAUAUUUAAUUAUUGUUAAGGAGUUUAAGACUAGAAAGACUAGAGUGCUUUCUAGUCCAAGUAGAGGUCAGUGAAACAGCUUUUGACAUCAGAUUUUCAUUUGAGAGGGAGAGCUGUGGUACUGGCUAAAAAGAAAGGAAGAUAACAUCCAGUAACCACAGGAAUAUAUUCUCUGUGAAUUAAAAGUCUUCAGAGUUAUCAUUUCUCUGACAUACGUUGGAGUAGUCAUUUCCAUUCUUUACAUUGUCAUGAACUGGAUUGAUAACCCUCAUCUGCAAUAUUCUUUUCACCCCUAAAAUUUUUAACAGGGUUUCCUUUUUUUCUCACGACUGUUUAAGUUUAGAUUGCUCCAUUAUUAACUGAUUAAUGCACUUCGAAGUUCUCUGGAAUUAAUUAUUUUAACUUGGCCUAGCUUCGACUGUCAAGAUGACUGUUAUAAAUCUGACUUCAUUGGCAGUGGAAUGAAGCCUAAGCCAGCUGAGUCCCUAUCAUAGCUGAACCCUGAGGACAGCCUCAUAGCUCAUGUGUCAGGGACUUUUGCCACAUUUCAGAGGCAUAGCAUGAACAAGUAAUAUUAAGCCAAGAAUAAGCAGCAGAACCCUGUUCCAUAUGGAAAAAAGAAAAACAAUUUUUUGUCCCUAAUGUUCUUCCUUUUUACAUCCUGGAACAACAAUAAAAACAUUUUUUUAAACUUGUCUAUCUGUACUCUAAGACACUGCCAUCAUAGAGCAGAGACUUACAUGAGUGAAAGGGUUGCCUCAUCAAGAAACUCAGUGUAAAUGGGGAGACUAGGCUCUCCCCAGCCCUAUGGUUUUUUUAUUUUAUGUACCCCAGGAAAUACUGCGUGGUUUCUAAAAGCCCUGGUCAUUAAAAGUAGGGACUCUGCCUUUUUGUUGGUAGGGGGGAAAAACGCUAUUGCUUUGUCUUACAGAGCGAAUGUCUGCCAACUACCCGUUCAUUAUAUAAGUCUGAACUUGGUAAUAUAUGGCUAAUGAAGAUUAAGCCCUCUAUAAAGACUUCCUAUUGAGGUGAAUUCUCAUACUGAAAUGUAGUUACCUACAAUAUUUACUAGAGAUUUAUGAAAUUAAAUUAAGAGAUAAUGUAAGAAAAUAGAUUUUUUUUGGUUCUAUAUAAUGCUUCAUGAUUCAUUUAGGGACCUAGAAAUAUUGUGUGAAAAUAUAUAAAUAUCACCCAAAAGGCUUUCUGCCCUAUAUUUUUAAAAUACAGAAUAGUUAUAUUUGAAGUAGCCCUGGCCCUAGUUCUAUAGGGCUUGGCUAUUUAAUAUUUUUAUGGAAGAAGUGUUUAGUUCUGGAAAAGGUAAAUGCUUGUAUAUAUUUUUGCAGCCUGGGAUCUCCCUACUCCAUUUUUUCCUUUAAUUUAAGUGGCCACAUGUAUAUGUCUUCCCUGCUGUGUUAGGAAAAUGGGGGCUGGAUAUCCCAAGAAUCAGAGGUUAUAUAAAAAUACUGCAAAUAGACCGCAGACAUAAAUAUCUACCAAAUGCUAUCUUAAAUUUUGGUCCAAACUGAACAUAUGGAAAUAGAUUUAUUGUAAGUAUUUACUUAGAGCUUUUUCUUAAAUCUGAACUAAAUUGCUUUUAGAAGUCUUUUUCUUUGUAAGCAUUGUAAAUGCUAAUAAAUCCUGUUAAUUUUUUUUUUUUUUUUUUUUUUUUUUACUGCAUGUUACAUUGAAAUAAAAACAAAGUAAAAUGAGCAAUUGCCUUAUUCUUCUGCUCUUUUGCAGGGGGUGGGGGUUGGGGAAAACAGCAUUCCACAGCCUGGUCAGGAGGGAAGGACCUCACUUGUUUCAUCAAAUGGAGUGGUUUAAAACUGAUCAACCAGCUCAUAAUAAUGAAUUCCUGUUCUGUCUUUUAUUAUCUUAUGUCAGAGUGCAGCAAAAUCUCAUUUCAUAAGAUUUACAAUAACUCUAUUUAAAAUUCAGGUAUUGUACUCGGGAGGCUGAGGUGGGAGGAUCCCAGGAGUUCAAAUCCAGCCUGGGCAACAUAGCGAGACCCUGUCUCUUAAAAAAACAAAAAGACAUAUUCAGGUACUGAUUUUUCAUCAAGAGAUUGACAUACCAAUGAUCAGAAAUUUUAGUGAAACUUGACUCAACUAUACCCAAAGUUCUCAUCCUAAAAGAACUAUUUCAGUCAAGCCCACUCUACCACUUUUUACUUAUCUGGUUUAAUAAUCCGAAAUGUUAUCAGGGUUGACUCACGGAAUUAAAUUUUUCCUCUAUUUUUAUAUCCUUCCCUGUUGUGGCUGUAACUUACCUUUCUAAACUCCUUUAGAGUUAACAACUUCUAUUUAGUAUUGUUGGUAUCUCCAGUCUCCCUGCUUUUUUUUUCUUUUAGUUCUUUACUUUGUUUGUAUAAUUUGCUUUCAUUAACUAAAAACAGGGAAUUGGCAGCACUGGAUUGUAUAUUACUGUAUUAAGAGUACCUUUGUUUUCUUGAUCUGUUACUUUUAAUACUCAGGUAAUGCUACAAAUAUUACAGGGAGUCAAAUGCUUUUAUAAAGUUCCUUCAGUAGUUGCCUCACUUGCGUUUUCCUACAAGAUGUAAGACUGUUUAUAAUUAAACUUUUUUGGUCCUUCA